AUGGUUGCGGAAAGAGCAGAGGGGAGGGGCGAGAGAAAGGAGGAGGGGAGGAAAGUAAACGAGAUGAAGGGGAGGGGGCCUGCAUCUGAAGAGGAAGCACUGAAAGAGAUGCCUUAUUCCGGACUAACGCAGAGGAGCAACAGAGGAACGUUUCUGAGUUCUACUGCAAACACUAUGCAUUUCCUCUUUAUUUUAUUCUUCUGCCUAGGGGUGAACACAGAGUCCACCCACACCACGUUGACGGAGGAUGCUGUUACUGUUCAAAUACACAAAGGUGGCGUUGUUAAAGAGCUAGAAAUCCUGACUCGCCAGACAAAGGAGCUUUCAUGCACAAUGGAUGCCAUACCAAGUCAACCCCAUGAUGUAACUGGCUACUGGAAAAUAAAUGGUGCUAAAAUUGACAACACCAGUCAUACUGUAUACAGAAACAAGGACCACUAUAUCCUUAACGGAACCUUCAACAUUGGAGAGUUAGGAAAUUACUCGUGCAUCUUCAGUCUUUCAGGAAAUGAAGAGCAGGCUACUUUUGUUUUUAAAGUCCCUGCAAUUAAACAACGAGAUAAGCCCAUUGUGAGCUAUAUUGGGGAUUCAGUCAUACUGGACUGCCAAAUGGAACACAGCAAGGAUCACGGACCAGACACCUGGAAUUGGUACAAAGUCAAUGGCACUGAAAAGGAAUUCCUAAACGUUACCGCUGAGUCCACAAAGUACCAACUUGACUCGAAGAAAAACAAGACCAAGCUGACUGUGCUGAACCUGACUAAGGAAGACUCCGGAAAAUACGUCUGCAGUGCGGUGUUCAAGAUCGGUCAGGCAGACUCCCGCGUGGAGCUGAAGGUUUUGUCCUUCACUGAGCCUCUUAAGCCUUUCCUCGCCAUCGCGGCUGAAGUCCUUGUCCUCAUCACACUCAUUCUUCUGUAUGAGAAGAAGAGCCACAGUGGGAAGGGCGACUCAGAAACCACAGAUAAUGGACCGCAGCAGGAACAGAUGAAUAAACUAACGCAAGACGAGACAAAUGGAAUGGAUGGAGGAAGCACCACAAGACAGAGAAAGGUUGAUCAGUGAGAUAGCAAUGAUUCCCUCAGUAAACCUGCUGUGUAUCAUUUAAAUUAACCAUAUACUAACAGUUGAGGGAAAAAAUCCUCUUAGGUGCUGAAGUUAGUAGAGUGUUUUCGGAAUGUGUUCCAUCAAGCACCGCAUGUUUGCUCAAAUCAAGUAUAUCGGGCAAUAUUAUAUACUAAUAAUAACACAAACUAGAUAUUAUGUAAAAUGUUUCCAACAACAUAACAUCUAUAAAUGUGCUCUUUUUUUAAAUGUUUGGAUAAAUAGUGGUCCGCUGGGUUCCUACACUUUUUCACCUCCAAGUACUUUCCAAUAUCUGGUAAAUAUAAUAUAUACAGUAGUGUGCAAAGUUCUCAUUUAAAAUCUUAAGCAAUAAGUGUGUUUUUGUUUGUAAAAUCACCUUGCAUCAUUUAAAUAUAUGCAAUUAAACAUGAAUACAGUAAAAUGUAA